CACUGGGGGCAUCCCUGGGCGACCUGCAAUUGGAAAACAACUGUUUUUGAGCAGGCUCCUGUGUAGGGAUGGGCAGUGCCUGAGCGCGAUGGCCCUGCGCCAGCUCCGUGCUGCCAGAUCCCUUCCCUGCCCGCGCUGCCGAAAGUGUUGACCCUUGCUCCUAAAGCUGCCGGCGCUGAGCUCUCGCCGCUUCCCCCUCCGGCUCUUUGGCCGGCUCCGCCUGGCACAGGUACAGCCUCUGAAUAGAAAUCAGAUUUUGCUCAAAAGCAUUAAUUUCUUCUGGAUCAUGGACUGCCCAGAUGGUCUCCAGUGGUAGUGAAGGGAGACCUUGAAUGUGUCGCUUGAACAACGUGAAAAGCCAAAGUCAAAUAUCAUUCCUCCCUGGGCAGUUGUGUUUGUUAGCUUGCCUGGACAGCCGGGCUGAGCGAGGCAUCGCCCCGGUCCAGCGGUGCAGCUGGCACGUUGAACCCGCAGCUAUAAUCCCUUGCCUUUCCCCAGCGCUCAUCUCUCAAGAAGCUCCAAAGUUUCCCAAACGCUGCUUUAAUUCAGCCUGGCAGGGGAAGAUGACCCCGUGCAACACCUCCACAGCAUAACCCAGAAGUGGGGAUUUUAUUUCUCUCAUCAUCGACUCCCUGGAUGAUGGUCCCCUGCCAGAGACAGGAAGGGUGGCCGAGCCGGAGACGAUGACUGCCGAGAGCGCUGAAACCAACGGACCCAUGCGGGAGCCGGAGGGGGGCACGACUAAGCCGCCGGUGCCCCCCGCUCCGCCACGGCGCCGGGGACGCAGGCUGCGGCGCAAGUCACCGCCGGAGGUCCCGGUGAAAGGGCAGCUCCGCAUGCGCUCGCCGUCGGGAGCCUUCGUCAUGGUGGGCAUCUCAGUGGUCCUGGUGGGCAUGACCAUUGCCGUGGUGGGCUACUGGCCCCAUCGGGGACCCGGGGGCACGGGGGCCGGUGCCAGGAAUGGCAGCAUCGCGGGGGACAUGAGGAGGGAGGUGGCUGCCGGGCGCCACGUGCCCCACAGCGAGAAGCUCAAGCUGAUCGGCCCCGUCAUCAUGGGCAUCGGGCUCUUCAUCUUCAUCUGCGCCAACACCAUGCUGUACGAGAACAGGGACAUGGAGACCCGCAGGCUGAUGCAGAAGGGGCUCUACUCCAUGGCGGCGGGUCUCCCCGAGGGGACCGGCCCCGAGGACGGGCGCUGCCGGCGCGGGGACGGCCAGCCCGUCCCCAAGGCCAACGCUGAGUGCGUGGAGGGCUGCUACCAGGUGGAUCUCUCCUGCCAGCCCUGCCCCGGCCCCUGCAGCAAGUGGUCCGACUGCUACGGCCCCAACAGGCUCCAGACCACAGCCGAGUUCCUCCAGCACCCGGCAGCAUCGCCCGCCGCCUCCCUCCUCAGCCUCCGCUCCGGCGCCUCCGCCGAGGCCAACCUCAGCCUCUCCUGCCGCACCGGAGCAGAGUCCCUCCUCUCCUCGGCCGUCGGCGCCUUGGCGUUGCCCGUCAUCAAGCUCAACAACCGCUUGCUGGACGCGGCGGCGCGGGGGGCCAGCGAGAGGGCCGAGGCGGGACCUGCCGAGCCCCCCUCCGAAGCACCACGGCUCUCCAGGGCUCCGCUCUCUGGCAGCAUCGCAUCCCGCAGCCAGGACCGUGGUGGUGGUGAUGGUGGUGGUGGUGGUGGUGGUGGCCACAUCGUCAUCAACAUGGAUGGCAGCUGCCCCGGCACGGAGCCGGCGGCGGCAGAGCUCAGCCCCGAUGCGCAGCUCCACACGCCGGGACACUCCAAGUCCCUGGACCUCGGCCAGCCGGGGAUGCUGCUGGUGGCCCCCAUCAAGGACCGUAAGAACCGGAGCUGGCCCCGGCUGGACCACGUCAGCCUGGUGGGUUAUGCCAAACUGGAAAGUACUGGCGAGUCCUCGGACCGGCUGCUGGAGCCCAGUGAGCCCCCGAGCCGGGGCGAGCUCCGACCCAGCUCCUGGGUGGUGGGGAUGGAGCGAGGCGUGCGGGUCUGACAUCCCCAGUGCCCUCGGGGACCGUGACGUCGCAGUCCCUCAUCCUGGCCCCCGGCACCCACCAGCAACCCCAAACCCCCGUGUCCAGGAGGUGUUCAGGGACAGUGUUUUUAAGCGGAUGCCAAGAGGGAGGUCCUGACCCGCUGCUCCUGGGGGAGGACUAGCCUGGGGUGGGAUGUCCUCUCCUGGCUGCCUCUCAACAGCUUCCCGGUGGAUGCCCUUGGCCUUACAAGCCCUUCUCCCGGUGGCUUUUCCAGAGGAGCCCUCGCUUUGAGACCCAACACAAACCGCGGGAUGGGGACACAGGGCGGGCGAAGCCCCACCAGCCCCCGCAGCACUUUAUUUCAGCGGGGUUGGGAUGGGGGGAUGUUUUGGGGGGUUGGUGUCCCCUUGCCCACUCUCAACCCACCGGAAAAUUUGCUUGACCAGAGCACGUAAGCCCGACGGGGCUAUUAAAUAUUAUCUUGAUGCCAUGCGGUCCCGCCUCGCCUCGUUGUCUUCCCUGCAAGAUGCUGAGCUGGAGAGAGUAAGGAUGCUCUACAGCUACUGAAUAUUUGCAGGAUAAGGUGAUGAGCUCAAGGUUCGGGGCUUUUUUUUUUUGCAGAGUAGGGAUGUAAAAGGUGCCCAGGAGAGCUGCAGGCAGAGAGCGAGAUGCUGCUGCCCACCCUCCUGCCAUUCAGGCAGCUGCGAAAUUAAAACAGAGUCGCUGGGGUGCAGCGGUUCCCAAAGCCCGUCUGCGGGUCGGGGUUUAUUUGUGCUGUUUUCUGGUGGGGUGAAGGAUGCGGGUAGUGGGAGGAGGGAUGCGAUGGGGCAGAGAGGUAGGGGUGCGUGUUGGCGCUAGUUUUGCCGGGCCCUGUUGGGUGCCAUCGUGUUAUUCGGUGCCCUUUGGAUGCAGAACAGGAGCUGCGUGGGAUGAGGCCAGAGAGCCAGUCUUGGCACUGGGGUGGUGUGAUCCCCAGGGAGAAGGUAGCACAGAAACAAAACCCUCGAAAAACCUCUCAUCAUAGCAGAAAAAUGCAGUAGGAAAAUGUGGAUAAAACGAAAAAUGAAGUAGAGAAACAGGAUUCACUGUGUUGGGUGACGCUGCACCGUGGGAUGCAGCUCGCAUCCCAUCUCGGGAGACGGCUCCGGGCUCAGCAGCCUGCAGAAGGGAAGCAUCAGCUGCCCGUUUUCUUGCAAACAAGCAAUGGUUGCUCUGUCAUUUCUUUCCUGAUCGUUUCCCAGGGCCUUUGCCAUGUUUGCCCCUGGGGAAGGUGUGGGCUGGUCACUGCUUUGGUGCUCAGCCCCGAUUCCUGUUGUUUCCCCCUGGCAUGUGGCUGCGGUGUCCCUCCCGAUGUCCCCCGUGGGUGAAGCCCACCCAGGAGGGCUUGUGGGGAUGGGGACAGGGGUGAGGAGCUGUCAGGUCCCACCAGCCAUGGCAUGGCCAUGGGGCAGCAAUGGUGGAGCCUGGUUAAAAUAAAAAGGAACUGGAGGAAUAUCUUUCACCUUUGUAUUUUUAAGGCAGGGGCUGCAGUGUCCCAGCUGUGCCACCAGCUCAUAUGAAUGCCGGGACAAACCCCCGCUGGGGUGUCCUCCCUCGACCCUGGGAGGCACGAUGCUGGGGUUUGACCCAGUCCUUCUCCCUGCCCCCAAAAAAACCCCUUUUUUAACACGGAGUCCAUCUCUGGCUGCCGGCGGGUGCUGAGCCUCGGGUGGCUGCCAAGGACACCGAGGUGGGAGCAUCCCCAUGGCAGGGUACUACUUGGGCAGAUGGCUGCAUCUUUCCAAAGCAUUUUUUUUGCUCUUUGCCUGUUUCUUUUCCCCCAUCUCCGGGGAGAUGUCGCCUAUCAAAAAGCAGAGAAGGAGUUUUUUGUAGCAGCAGCAUUGCCUUUUCUAAGCGUCUGGCACCAGCAUCUUGCCCAGGUACCCAAGAACCACGCCUGAUCCUGCCCUCCUCAUCAAUCCAGAAGUAAAUGGUGCCCUUUAUGCUCUGAUCGCUGCCCUGUUCCUGUUCUCCAGCCAGAAACACCCCGUCCAUCCGCAGCAGCUGUGUCUGCCGGUGCUGGGGGCCCAGCCCAGCCCAUCCCGCUCCCCCCAGUUCUGGGGCAGGAGGAGCCCCGGGAUGCCGGGGGCUGUUGAAGGAUGGAUCGGAGCGAAGGGGCGAGGACUGCUCUGCUCUCCGGCAACUCAGGAGGCUUCAAAAUGCAAUGCUGCGGCUUAGAUGGGAUCUCUGCCUUUUGCCUUCCCAAGACCAGAGCCCACCAUGGUGCAUGUAAAUGACUGAAAUAUGUUUUAUCUGUAUGAAAUGGUUUGGGUUUUUUUAUUCCUGUCUCUGCUUCUCUCUCUCUCUGGUCUGAACUGACCAUGGAGCCUUGGACCUUGCAAACCUCAGGGGCGACAUCCUUCUCCAGACCAAAACAUCCCUGCAGAAUGGCUUGGAAACUGCCUUUUCUGGCAAAAAUAUAUUCCCAGCACAAGCGUUCCUAGCAGCUCAGAGACUGACGUCCCCCUGGCCCGGGGCUGGGGCUGGGCAGAGGGGAACCAUCCCCAGCCAGGGGCUUUUAUCACCCAUUUUUGUCACCCCAUGGGGUUGGGGACGGGACAGGGCUGCAGGAGCCGGGGAGGGUUGUGCUGGUGAUGCUGUUGUCUCUCUCCUGACUUUCAUCGCCUUCCACACCACCCUGCAUUACCAGUGGCGCUUGGCACUGGAGCUGGGAAAUGGUAGUUAAAGCCUGCAAGAAACAAAACCGCUCUGCACUCAUUUUAGAAGAGUCAGGGUUUCCACAAUUUUUUUUUCCCUUUGGAAACUCGGCAUGUUUUGUUUCAAUUUUUAGUAUUAUUUUUUCAUUUUAAUUUCUAUUUUGCCUUUCAAACAGGAGUGGUAGCAGCUUUGUGCCCUAUUGCCCAGAGUAGAUCUGGCCCCAUCUCCACCUUCCCCCAUGCUGCUCUACCUGGUCCCAGCCUGCCCCAUGCGAGACCCCCCGGCUGCGGGGCUGCUGAACCGCCCUUUUCCCAAAAAGCAACCCCUAAGCUACCCUUACACCCCUGCAGUGGUUUUUUUCUUUUUUUUUUUUCCUGCUUUACAAGAAAAGGCUGUCUCUGUUUCUGAUACAAACUCUCCCCAAGAAGUUGGGUACCAGCAUCCCCCUUUGCUGGGAAGCAGAGAUGGGGCCAACGGCUGCGGUUUGGGAGGCAGUAGCAUCGCUGAGGUCUCGCUGGGAGCGAUACCAACCCACAGCUCAGCUAUUUAUUUGGAUGCUUAAUCUCAAAAUUAUUUAGGCACUGGUUCAAUGCAAUAAACAGCAACAACAAAAAGUCACCGGCGGGGUCUGCCCUGAAGCAGCAUCCCAGGGGACGUGCCAGGAGGUUGUUUUUAGCUGAAAAUAACUUUUCAUUCGGGCUUAACCAGCUGCAGCCAGAGCUAAUGCCGGGCCCUGGGCCACACUUCAGAAACCGGCAGCAAGAAAUUGGAGCCUGAAACGGCAUGAGGAGCUGCACCAGGAGCUGCUUCAGGGCUGGGGGCUUUUGUUUUAAUUUUCCCCCUUCAUUUUCUGGCUGGGACUCAGCCUGACCUCGGGAAGCGGCUGCAACCCAACGUGGCAAAUGAUGGGGGACGAGAGGGGAACCUGCCUGCAACAUCUCCUACCUGGACCACGUACCUACUCCAGCAUCCUCCUCCUCCCCCAGCAUCCUCCUGCCCAACUCAGCAGCAUCCUCCGAGGGAGAAUUUCUGAGCCAUGUAGGGAUUAUUUCAAAAUGCAAAGCUGCUUUAUUAAUUAGUCUGGUGGGGUGAGAAGACCCAUGCUCUCUCUGGGGAGUGCAUCAUCUGCACAUCCCUCAUCUGCAACUCUGCCUGUGGACACGGUUUCAAGAGUGUUUGUGAGAUUUUAACAUCCAUCCAUUUCAGUGGAUGGAUGCUGUGGAUGCUCUCACUCCCACACUGUCCUGGCAGCAUGCUGGGAAUAACACUGGGCAGGAAUGGAUCUGGGUUAAAGACAAAAACUUAAAAAUAAAGCAAAAAAAAAAUCCACCCUGGAUCCCUCCGUUGACCCCACUUGGCUGCAGAGCUGUGAAGUUAAACCACCCUGGAAGCAUUGGAGAUCUCACGCCGUGCAGCUUGUGAAGGGCGAUGCUGGACGGUAUCUUAUCCUGCCCAGGAACCAGCUUUAUAAACUACAGAUUAAAUAUCCAGCCCUUAUCAUCACCCACUGGCGUAUCCCCACCUCAGGAGGUGCCUGCUGCAGGAGGAGAUUCCGACCAAGAGAAGGGGGAUUUCACCAAAAACACCAGCAAAAGAAAAUAGUGGGGUUGUCCCCAGUGCUGACCAUCCAGGCUGACCAGGACUGACCACGGGGUGUCCCUUGGGCUAAUUGCAAUUACCCCCGCCCCACCAAGGGACCUCUAGGCUGGCGCACGGCUAUGGGACAGUUUGGGCCAGAAAUGGACAAAAUAUGGAAAAUGGGUUGGGGGAAACCACUGCUGUAGGCUGUGUGUGGGAAAGAUGCCCCAGGGAAGGUGCAGACCCCACAAAAGGUUGUGAGAGGGUCUCCCAUGCCCAGGGCCACCCCAGUCAGGGCUGGUGGGGCUCCAGGUUCGCUGCUGGGACACCUCCAUCCCCAGGGGAAGGGGUGGAGGGGAGGUGGGGGGGUAAUAACAGCUCUUCAACCAUCUCUUUAAUGGGGCAUCUGCAUGGAGCUGGAGCCAAGGACUGUGCAGCUCAGACGGGGCAGGGUCAGAGCCGGCCCAAGAAACGUCCCCCAAAGGGGCAAAAAGGGGGAGACAGAGAGAGAAGGGCUGGAGCAGCCAUGCCAAAAAGCAGCAGAUCCCAAUCAUAAAGGAUCCAGACCCAAAUCCCCGAGCACAGAGAGCUACGGCCACGCUCAACCAGAUCAGCCGCAGCUGGGGCACGAUUGCUCCCACCCCACACCUGAUGCUGCUCAGCCCACCCGGUCCCACUAAGCUGCAGGGUUUGCAGCCCUUCCUCCUUCUCCUCCUUCUUCCUCCUCCUCUCCCCACAGCAAGGGAGGUCAUUGCCAUGAGUCUGCUUGGCCGGUAAGUCCUUCCUUAAGAUUUAAAGUCUGUGUGAAGGAAAGCACUCUGCUAGCGGCCACGCACUUGUAGUACAGCCAGGGAAUGCAAAUGUUGGUGCAUUAUUUAGGGUGAGUGCUCUCUGCUAUAAAUCUCCUUCCCAAGGCACUGGGAGGAUGAAGUGUCGGGGUUUUCUGUGCUGGGGCCGAGGCUGGGGCCAUUGCAAUGCGUGAGGAGCGAUAGUGCGGCACUUUGCACCUUAUGUUUAAAGCUGAGGACCCCUAAGUGGGGGUGAUGGCAUGUAGAUGUGCUCCCCGGUGCUAUAAAGCCUUGUGACCUUU